UCCCCCGCCCGCCCCGAGCCGCGGGGCUGCGGCGCCGCUGCUGACACGGCUCGGCCGCCGCCGCCACCGGGCGGAGGCUGCGCGUCGCAGCGCCGGGCGGAGGGCGCGCGGCGAUGGCGGCGGCGGCGGCGGCGGCGGCGCGGGGCGGGAGGGCGCGUGGCUCGGGCUAACUGCGGGGCCGGCCCGGAUGGCGGGCGGCGCGGGCUGGGCGGGCGCCCCCGCGGCUCUGCUGCGCUCAGUGCGCCGCCUGCGCGAGGUGUUCGAGGUGUGCGGCCGCGACCCCGACGGCUUCCUGCGCGUGGAGCGCGUCGCGGCGCUCGGACUGCGCUUUGGCCAAGGCGAGGAGGUGGAAAAACUCGUGAAGUAUUUGGAUCCCAACGACCUGGGGAGAAUCAACUUCAAGGAUUUUUGCCGAGGGGUGUUCGCCAUGAAAGGCUGUGAGGAGCUGCUGAAGGACGUGCUGUCCGUGGAGAGUGCCGGGACGCUGCCCUGUGCACCUGAGAUCCCAGACUGUGUGGAGCAGGGCAGCGAGGUGCCAGACCCCACCUUCGCUGAUGGUGAGCUCCUGCCCACAGAACCAGACUUCUUUCCUGAGGAUGAGGAUGAGGCCAUGACGCUGGCCCCGCCUGAGGGCCCCCAGGAGUCGGACAUGGAGGGCCGCAUGGAGAGCACCCGGAUCCUGGAGGGGCCGGUUGGAAUUCCCGCCGAGAAGGAUGCAGGUCUAGGAGGCCUGUUCCUGCCCGAGGACAAGUCCCUGGGCCACCCUCCGUCCAUGACCACGUCAGACCUCUCCACGCACUCCACCACCUCGCUCAUCAGCAACGAGGAGCAGUUUGAGGACUACGGGGAGGCGGAUGACGUGGACUGUGCCCCCAGCAGCCCCUGCCCGGACGACGAGACCAGGACCAACGUCUACUCGGACCUGGGGUCGUCAGUGUCCUCCAGUGCGGGGCAGACGCCGCGAAAGAUGCGGCACGCGUACGACAGCGAGCCCGUGGACGCCUACUGCUCCCAGUGCUGCAAGAAAAUCAGCCUGCUCAACGACCUGGAAGCCCGGCUCAAGAGCCUGAAGGCCAGCAGCCCCAAUCGAAAGAUCUCCAGCACGGCCUUCGGACGGCAGCUCAUGCACAGCAGCAACUUUAGCAGCAGCAACGGCAGCACCGAGGACCUGUUCCGGGACAGCAUUGACUCCUGUGACAACGACAUCACGGAGAAGGUGAGCUUCCUGGAAAAAAAGGUGACCGAGCUGGAGAACGACAGCCUGACCAACGGGGACCUGAAGAGCAAGCUGAAGCAGGAGAAUACACAGCUGGUGCACAGGGUGCACGAGCUGGAGGAGAUGGUGAAGGAUCAGGAGACCACGGCCGAGCAGGCCCUGGAGGAGGAGGCGAGGCGCCACCGCGAGGCCUACAGCAAGCUGGAGCGCGAGCGCAGCACGGAGAUCGAGCUGCUCACCACCAGAGUGCAGCAAUUAGAGGAAGAAAACACCGAGCUUAGAACAACGGUGACUCGGCUCAAGUCACAAACAGAGAAGCUGGAUGAGGAGCGGCAGCGCAUGUCAGACCGGCUGGAGGACACCAGCCUGCGGCUCAAGGAUGAGAUGGACCUGUACAAGCGCAUGAUGGACAAGCUGCGGCACAACCGCCUCGAGUUCCAGAAGGAGCGGGAGGCGACACAGGAGCUCAUCGAGGACUUGCGGAAGGAGCUGGAGCACCUGCAGAUGUACAAGCUGGACUGCGAGCGGCCGGGCAGGGGCCGCAGCUCGUCCUCCAGCCUUGGCGAGUUCAACACCAGGGCCCGAGAGGUCGAGUUGGAGCACGAGGUCAAGCGGCUCAAGCAGGAGAAUCACAAGCUGCGAGAUCAGAAUGAUGACUUGAAUGGACAAAUCUUGAGCCUCAGUCUCUACGAAGCCAAGAACCUCUUUGCUACCCAGACCAAAGCCCAGUCCCUGGCAGCGGAAAUAGACACAGCCUCUCGCGAUGAGCUCAUGGAAGCCCUCAAGGAGCAGGAGGAGAUCAACUUUCGGCUGAGGCAGUACAUGGACAAGAUCAUCCUAGCCAUCCUGGACCACAACCCCUCCAUCCUCGAGAUCAAACACUGAGACGAGGGUGGCUGGCUGCAGAGCAGCCGCAGGACCCCCAGACCCCAGGAUUCAGGGGCAGAACCCCGCCUGAGGAUGCGGCCCGGGCCGGGCCUCCCAUGCACACUGUAAAUGUGUCUCUGGGCACCGCUAUGUAAUGUAUACUGGUGUGUAUGUGGGGAGGCCGUGCACACAGCAGAGCGUGAUCCUGGGCAGCAGCCGUGGCGCCAUCUGCGCCAUCAGCUGUCCUGUGUUUUGCGGUCCCUCUGCCCCUCGCAAAGCGGGGCAGAGGGUUGUGGAGGUGGGCAGGGGCGAGGUUAGCCAUCAGGAGUUACUGUAAUGACGAAAGCUAGAAGAAGCUUGCGUUUCAGAUACUGGACAAAAUGAUUCUACCUCUGGGGACAAGGAUUGAAAAGCAUUCUAGUGCGACAGGCUCUUUGACCCCCAUCCCUGUUUCCCCUUGGGAGCGGGGGCAAAGUGACGACCUUUUCCAGGAGCUUGAAUGCCUCACCAGCCUCCUCGGCCACCUUUCAGGCCCAGGUGCUUGAGUUCGGAGAGAAGGAAGGAGGUGGGGGGGGAGCGGCAUGUCGGGGGUCCUCACAAGCCCUUCCUGCAUCCAGCAGCCCCCUGUGAGGCUUGUGCACAGUGUAUCCAAAGGAGUCAGGCUUGCAGAGGAGCUGGAGGUGCAGAGGGUUGGGGGUGGGGGGCAGCCAUCAUCCUAAGGGUUCUUGGCAUUUUGAGAGUUCUCCGUAAACCUGCCCAUCCCUGCUCACCUACCUCUCCUUUUCUGUCUUGGUUAUUUUUUUUAAGACCAUGAAAAACAAGCGGCAUUCACUUGGGUGUAAAUGAAGGAUUCAAAGAAAAGGGAAGGGGAUGGGGACGGUCUAGGGCACGCGCUGACAUUGGGCAGCCAAAGACACGGUCACAUCCUUGUCAGCCUCCUUUCCGGGGGCUGCCCUGUAGGAGAGAGGUGUGGAUGGACCCUCUCAACAGCUCCCAAGGGCUGGGAGUGGGCCUUGCUCACCUGUCCCUGGUCACAGCCUUAGGUUUAGGUUUUCGGAAUCCAUGCUCUGGGUUUGGCUCUGCCGGACAGUGAGGCCCCUCUGUCCCAGCCUCUAGAAGCACACCUGUAUUCGGGUCUCAGCUGUGCUGGUGUGAGAGACAGUUGGAGAAGUUGCAGGGAAAUCUUAGUCUUCCGUGCUGCUGGUGGUGGGUGGUGGUUUAGUCACUAAGUUGUGUCCAACUCCUUGCAACCCCAAGGACUGUAGCCCACCAGGCUCCUCUGUCCAUGGGAUUCUCCAGGCAA